CACGGUUUUCCAUGUCACUCUGGAGUGAGACCUGCAGACUAACACCACUGUAGACAUGAACCAGACAGAUAAGGAGUUGUUAAUCAUCUAUGAGAUAGAGGCAGAGCAAUGGGCCACCUACCUGCACUCAAUCUUCACCGGCCCAAUAUCACAAGCCGGGAUCUGCUGCUAUGACAUCGCUCAAGUUUCCAGCUGGCGGGGAGACUUCCUCUGCCUGGCCCAGUACACCUGCAAGCUCCUGAUCCUGUCCAAAGGCAUGCUAGAGGGUCUGUGUCAGAUGCAGCGCUUCUUCCUGGCUCGUGUUUUGAGCCCAGCUGAUCAUGUAGUGGUGCUGCUUUGUGGGGUGGAGAGUCUGACCUCACUGCUGGAGAUGGUGCCUCUGAAUGGAGACGAGUGCCUGCAGAUCUCCAGUGAACAAGAUGCUCACGAGUACCUGUCUGCCGUCACGGAUAUUGUGAGAAAAGAUGUGUCCACAUCAGCAACAAAUGCCAACCCUCUGACACGUAAAGCAUCGAGAUCAGAUCAAAAUAAAGAACAAGUGCAGCCGACUGGAGCCCGCAGUGUCAGAUCCAGCAUUGUGGUGGUUCCUUCCAGGGUUUCAUGCGGGAGCUCCAUGGAAGUGUUCAUUCUUUUGAAAAAUGAGGCGGCUGGCAACAACGCUGAGGUUGAGUUCAGUGGUGAGAAUCAGACAGUGAGAGUGAAGCCUGCCCGCUGGAAUGAAAAGAUACUGUGCAUCAAUGCACCAGAUUUUCCAGCAGGUAAUGUAGAGGUUACUGUGUAUAGCAAUGGACUGGCCCUGAGCAAGGCACAUUUACAAUACUACACCACCAUGGAGGAAAUAACCAGCCUUUUGGCAAGGGCAGCAGACCCUGUUGAUUUUAUGUGUCAGGCUUUUCAGGAGUCGUCUGUGGAGAGGCUGGAUCAGAAGUUGUCCUCCAUGCUAUUAGAAGGAAUGCCCAGCGGAGGAUUUCAGGGACUUCAGUGCAGAGAAACACCUGAAAGAAAGCUCCACCAGGCAGACGCACCAUCACUUCUCCACUUUGCUGCCCAGUAUGGCCUCAAGAGCGUCUCCAGCCUCCUCCUGCAGUGUCCAGGCGCUGAGCGAGCUCUUCAAACAGUCAACUGCCAUGGACAGACUCCAGCUGAGAUGGCAAAGAAUCACGGCCAUGCAGAGCUGCACGUCUUAUUGAAGGAAACACUGAAUAUGUUCAACCCAGCUGAGGACGAUGGCGAUGCCAGCGUAUACGAAAUGAUGUGCACCGCAGGAACUCCCUCCAUGACAGAUGUACAGACAGAGCAAGGAGGAGAGGAGGAAGAAAAGAAGAAGGAGGAGGAGGAUAUCUACACACCCCUGGGGGUGAAUGAUGAAUAUGACACCAUCCUGAAACCAACAAAAGCUGUUGCCACAGCCAAUCGCCCACCAGCACCCACUCCUCGGCCUGAGAGCACCCAGGUGAAGGAGGACAAAACCCCUUACAUCGCUAAAGUGUUCCAGAAGAAAAAGAAGCCACAGGGGGAAGCUGAUCUGUAUUCUCUUCCCACCAAACAAGCACGUGAGCGAGAAGACAGCAUCUCCUCCAUAUAUGACACCUUUGUGCCGAACCAGAAAAAUGGGCUUCAGCAGCUCACUGAGCUCCAGCAGAGGAUGAAGGCAGGUUCACUCUCUGUGGACGGGAACCUCGAGUGCUCCAAUGACCUGCAGCAGGGCCAGAAGGGGAUAGAUAGCAUCCAGAAGGAGAAGCCGAGUCAGCUGAGAGCCAACACCAUCAACAAGAGAGAGGUUGAUGACAGUGUCUACGAUAGAAUCAACGCUGCCCAUCAAACGCCAAGUGUUGCAGUGACUGGAGGUCGAAGAGGCAGCCAAACAACGGAGGCUGAUUUUGACAGCAAGACGCUUAAAGGACAGCAUUUAAACUUCUUCUCCAAAGCUGACAAGAGAUAAAGGCUCAACAGCUCUACAAAGAAACACUGCUUCCUGCAAUUUUAUCAAUCAAACACAUGAUGUAUCAUUUUAUAGAAAGUUUUGUACCUCAAAUUAAAAAGAGACCUGAUUUGUUCUGAUUUUCAUGCCUCUAAAGAUAUUGUCUAGUAGUUUGUGGUUUAAAGAAGUUUCACAUCUUGUUGAAUUUGCGCAAAAAAAUGAUUUUUAGUGUCACUUAGAUUUGAUUUUGUUAAAUCUG